AUGGUGCCACUAGCAUAUUAUGAUCAACACUUUAUGCCAUUAGAAUGCUCUUACCAACUGGCCACAACCAGCUCAUUAACACAUCAAUACGCAGAUGAAAAACUAAACCAACCCAAUAACCAAUCUGUGGUCAGAGUACAAUCCCAUAGUAAUAACCUUGCAGUGCCUCUACUAAACUCCUACCAGAAGGUACAGAGAUGCUCAAUAUUGCCCUCUGCAAAGUCUCAGGACACAAUUUCACGGAACUUCUACAACAGGGUUCUGAAAUCACCGCUAUCUCACUCCAAACAUCAGGCCACGCCUUCACUACACCUGUACUGGAAAACUCCCUUGUGGCCUAAUAAAAGAGUCCCGAGCUCGCCUUUGUCCCACCCCAAACCUCAGAUGACAUCUUCACUUGACCUCACCAAGAUAUCAUCACCAGAACCCAAUCAAACAGCCUGGAGCUCACAAUUAUCCUUCCCCAAUCCUCAGAAUACAUCUUCCCUAAACCUUUGCUGGACAUCACCUUCACUUAAGUCUAAUCGAAGAGUGUCAAGUUCAUCAUUACAUCCCCUCAAACCUCAAGAAACUACUUCCCCAGACUACCUGUGGACAUCAUCAUCUUUGGAACCUAAUCAAAGAGCCUUUAGCUCAGCAUUACCCCAGUCCAAGCUUCAGAAAGCCUCUUCAUUGGACAGCCUUUGGACACCUUUGUUAGAGCACAAUCAAAGAUGUUUGAGCUCACUGUCACUCAACUCUACACCUCAAAUAAAUGACUUGCUUCAGACAUCACCUUCUUUGGUGCCCAGUCAAAUGACCCUGAGUUCAUCAUUACCUGACUCCAGACCUCAGACAACACCUGUAUUGAGUUCUAAUUACAGUGUUCUGAGAUUUCUAUUGUCCAACUCAAAAUCAAGGAAAUCACCUUUACCACAUUCUGUCCACCAGUCAAAGAGUUUGCCAUUGUUCCAGCCCAAACUACUUGAUCAUGACCUCAGGACCCUGAGCUCACCAGUGUGUCACUCCAAAUUUCAGAACACCACUUCACUAAGUGACAGACACAAAGCCACAGAUCUUUCCUCACCCCAUCCCAAACCAAAUGUCUCAGGUCAAUCAUUAUUAAGCUCCAAACACUGCAUCAGGAACAUAGCUGCUUUAACACUGGGCUCCAGACUCCAGAGUAAAAGCAGUUUUAGUCUUUCUGAAAAGACAGAACCAAAGAAAGAAAUUCCAUGGACUUUAGAUUAUACUCAUCCCUGCAUUGUUAAAGGUGGAACUGUCCCUGAUGAUGUUGUAAAUAAAAUUGUCAAUUCUCUUUCCAAGACCAGAAUCCAGAGGGAUCUCUGUAGGCAGAUUCUCUUUCGAAGGAUGAGGGGAAGGCCAAAUCCUCAUCCUGGUCCCCGCCUUUCAUCAAGUUACGUGGUUUGUUUAGCUUGUGCUUCCUGCAUAAAAUCUCAGUGCAACCAUCUUACAGGAAGGAAAGACCCUCGUGCUGCAACACUAUUUGUCAUCCCAACACCUGAGACCACUCCUGAGGGAGAAAUAGAGAUGAAACUAAUUUUUAUCCUUUCCCUACCAGAGACUUCUUUUUCAUUCCCUGUGAAAGAAAAUCAGCCUAAUGAAGUCCCUGAAGAAAAUCUUGAAGAAACGGAGAAAAUAUCACAAUUUUUCCCUACAUCUGAACUUGAUAUCACCCAGGGGGCUAAUGUGAAGAAAACAUGGCUUACAGUAGCCUCUGAAAACCAAGUUUUAAGCCAACAGCCCCAGGCUAUAGACUGGCUGCUCUAUGUUAAGAAAAGUAGUAAUCCUCAGUUGCAGUCCGUACUCCCCUCCUCUUCCUCCUCCACAUCUUCUUCCUCGUCAUCCUCCUCUUCAUCUUCCUCUUCCACCAUACCCACUUUACCCCCUCCUCCUCCUCCAAAAGAGACUACCAUGUCUACUCUCUCAGACUGUGGAUUCACUAAGGUACUUAGUUACCACCGGUUGCCCCCAGGGGUCUCCUGGCUUGAGUUCAUAUGUAGUAAAAAUCACCAGCCACUUCCUGGAAAACCACAUCAAAGUCAAUCACCAUCUCCCAAAACAAGGCCUAUGAGAAGUAGCACCACAGUGAAAAGGAGAAAGGGGCCAAAGAUACUGUUCAAAAUUUUCCAGACAAAGGUUCAAAAUGAGAGAAAUCUUGAUUAA